UUACAUUUUUUAUAACUAAACUUUUUAAGUAACAAAUAGGUUCGAUUUUAUAUUUGUAGUUAAAACAAUCUUCAAUGAAUGGGCAUGCAUACCUACCCAUACCCAUUGAAAAUAUGAAAGCAAUAUCAUAGCCGAUCCAAACUCAUCUAAAACUUUAAAUGCAUGUAUACUUCACCUUUACCCUAUCCAUAAUCAACGUGUUUACCUGAAUUUGAAUAAGAUUAUCCAUGAAUGGGUAGUUGUCAUCCCUAUUUCUUUGUGUUUUGUUAUCCAACUGCGUGCAUCACGAGUUGUUGAGUUUGUUUCUUGUAGCACCUUUGAAUGCAAAGAAGGGACUCUUUGGAGAUAUUGCCUCUUGUUACAGAAAUCGAGAGAACCCUUCGAAAUCUAAGAAGAGUUGUGAGACAUCAACCUCCACCAAUGGCGGAUCAACAACAUCAACCUCAAGUUCCACCAAGGCCUAGAACAAUGAGAUCUUACUCAAGGCCAAGUGUGGAUAAUGUUCAAUCACCUAUUCUUCACCCAAUAGUGCCGAACAACAAAUAUGAGAUAAAGCAAGCACAAUUUCGAUGCUUCAAAGUGCGGUUCAAUUCAAUGGGAUGAUAACUGAAGAUGCUCAUGCACAUAUCAAGUCGUUAUACGAAGUGACGGAUGAAAUCAAGGUGAACAGAGUUCCUCAAGAAGCAAUUCGUCUGAGGUUAUUUCCGUUUACUCUAAAUGGAGCGGCAAAGCAAUGGUUAAACAAUCAUCCCCAUCAUUCCAUCGACUCGUGGGAUGAUCUAUGCAACAAGUUAUUCGAAACAUACAUUCCAUCUUCUAAGAUGGCUCUUAUGAGAAGUGAGAUUACUAUGUUCCGUCAAGAGGAGGAUGAACCAAUGUUUGAAGCAUGGGAAAGCUUUACAUCUCGCCUACUCAAAUGUCCACACCAUGGCAUCGCCGAUUGGUUACAAGUGGAAAGCUUUUAUAAUGGUUUAACAUGGGAGUCACGCCACCUUAUCGAUGCGGCUAGUGGAGGUGUCAUAAGGAACAAUGAAGUCAGUGAACUUUAAAGAUUGAUUGAAGAAAUGGCCCUAAAUAGCUACGAUUGGAGGGACAUAAUGAGAUGUAAGAGUGUGAAGAAGGGAAGUUUAUUGAAGAAUGAAGAACCAUCGUCGUUAGUGGUUCAUAUACAAGAACUUUCCAAGAAAAUUGAUCAAGUUGCGUCAUCAAUGAAAGGCAAUGAGAAGCAACUCAUCAUAUGUGAUUGGUGUGGCAACUCGAGUCACACUAUGGAUGAGUGUAAGUCUAUGAUUGAGGCCUCAAUACAAUUUGAGCAAGCCAACUUUGUUGGAGGGCAAUCCUCUGGAAACAACCCUUAUAGAUCUACAUAUAAUCCGGGUUGGAGGAACCAUCCUAACUUUCUUUAGUCUUCUAUGAUGGAUAGGAAGCCUCCAGGGUUUCAAUCUCAAGCUCCUAUGAAAAAUGCUUACCCAAGGCCGAGUCAACCCUCAUACGAAGGAGCAUACCAAGAACAAAGUUGACCAUCUGAUGGUCGAGUCUCUAAACUUGAAGACUUGGUAGGACAAUUCGUUACACACUCCAACAAGAAGUUUGAGGCUAUUGACAAAUUCAUAGAGAACACUAUGCCAAAUUCUCAAGUUUGGAAGCGGGUCCAAGGAAUCAACAAGCCUCACUUCAAAAUCUUCAAGCCCAACUAAGCUCAUUGGCACAAACUCUUUCGUCAAGACCACAAGGAACUUUACCGGGCAAUAUGGAGCCUAACCGUAAGGAGCGAUGUCAUGCUGUAACUCUAAGGAGUGACCGACCUUUGAAGGAGAUUCCUAUCUCAACACCGAGUAUACUGGUAAGAGAAGUUCAACGUGAAGUUGUUCAAGAAGAAGAGUUAGUUCGGGAAGAAGUGCAACCCACUAUCGAAAUCAAGAUUGAAGAUGAGGAGAAGUCUAAGAAGAUUUAAGCACCCGAUCCAACACCAAAAUAUCAUUAUCCUAUAAGGUUAUUCUAAAGUGAUCUAUAUCAUGAAUGUGCUCCGUGGAAGGACACUUUGAAGAAAUUGAAGGUAACGGU